AUGUCGGGGCCGUCGGCACAUAGGACCUCGUCGACCGGCGACGGAGAUGACCGUCGGCGCAGGUCGGCCGUCGGCACACUGCUGGCUACACCGACGGUCACCGUCGGCGCAAAGUGGACCGUCGGCACAGGUAGUUGGCGGCCGAAGGUCACCGUCGGCACAGCGUCGACCGUCGGUACACGCGCUAACAGGCGGGUCCAGCCGUUAGACUGUCACGGCGCCGUCUACUCUGUGCCGACGGUAGCCCACGGCACAACCGCGGCCGUCGGCACAGGGACUGAAAACUGGGUCCCCUUUCUGAUGUGCCGACGGCCAGCCACGCGCGGACGUACCCAAAUCCUCCCCAAAUUAACCCGCGCCGCCGGCCUCCUCCACGUCGCGCCGCCGCCGAGCUUCCCCCGCCGCCGCCCGCUCCUCCUUCCCAUCGCCGCCGGCUCCGGCCUCCUCCACGUCGCGCCCGCAGCCCGCCGUCGCCGGCCCUGCGCGCUCCCGCAGCCGCCCGCUCCUCCUUCCCAUCGCCGCCCGCUCCGGCCUCCUCCACGUCGCGCCCGCAGCCGCCCGUCGCCGGCCCCGCCGCUCCCGCAGACGCCUGUCGCCGCCCCGCGCCGCGCUCGCUCCUCCUUCCCAUCGCCGCCCGCAGCCCCAUCGCCGCCCGCUCCGGCCUCCUCCACGUCGCGCCCGCAGCCGCCCCUUCGCCGGCCCCGCCGCUCCCGCAGCCACCCGUCGCCGGCCCCGCCGCGCCCGCAGCCCCCCGUCGUCGGCCCCCUGCCUCGCCCGUCGCCGGCCUCGCCGCGCCCGCAGCCCCCGUCGCCAGCCCCCGCCACUGCCACCCUCGUCCAUAUGGUCCCGUAG